AUGAACAUGAAUCCUCCCCCGCCGCCGCCACCUAGUCAGCCAGCCACCGCUCCUAAGCCGAGCGCCAUUGCCAAACCUAAAAUCAUGGUCGCCACUUCUACUACCAAUGGCAACGCCACCAACGGAGUUCAGCCGGUGUCCACUACCAAUGGCUCUCCGAAUGGAUCCCGAAUUUUGCGUCCUGAAGGCUACGUUGGCUACGAUUCAUUGCCAGAUCAGUACGUUUCACGCAUUAUUCGCGAUGGCUUUUGCUACAACAUACUGGCUCUCGGAGCGACUGGAGUCGGCAAGACGACCCUUCUCGAGGCUCUGUUCAACACCAAAACGCAAGCUGACAGUAGUACUCGCAGCCACAACCUUUCAAAUGUGUCAGUAUCAAAUCAUCUGAUGGAACUGUGUGAAGGCAACAUUAAGCUCAAGUUGACUUUGGUAGAGUCAAAAGGAUUCGGCGAUCAAAUUGAUAAAUCGGAAUCACAUAAACCUAUUGUCGAGUACAUUGAUGCUCAAUUUGAAAAGUACUUGCAAGAGGAGCUCAAAAUUCAUCGCUCACAGAGCACUCUUUCAGACACCAGAAUUCACUGCUGUCUGUACAUUCUCUCUCCGGUUGGACACGGUCUUCGUUCACUGGAUCUGGUCACUAUGAAGGCUUUGCACAACAAAGUGAAUUUGAUUCCAAUUAUUGGUAAAUCAGACACCAUCACAAAGACAGAGCUGGAGAAACUUCGCGCACGAAUUACCAAUGAAUUGAACGUCAACGGAAUCGAGUAUUACAAGUUUCCGGUUGAUGACCCUGAAGUGGCCGAUAUUAAUUCCACAAACAACGCGUUGAUGCCAUUUGCCGUUGUGGCUAGCAAUGACUUUAUUCGCAUUGGAAGCAAGCACAUUCGCGCUCGACAAUACCCCUGGGGUAGUGUUCAUGUUGAAAAUGAGAGCCACUGCGAUUUUGUUCGACUGCGAGACAUGGUGAUUCGAGUCAAUAUGGAUGAUCUUCGUGAGACAACUCACUCUCAGCACUACGAGCACUACCGAAGGGUGCGUCUGGAGCAAAUGGGUUUCGGUACUGCUGAAAAUGGCGUCGAUGGAUCAGCCGUCGGGAAUGGUCACUCCACUAGCUUCAAGGAAACUUUUGAAACUCGUCGCCAGGCUCACAUGGAUGCACUGCAGAAGCGCGAAGAAGAGAUGCGUGCCGCUUUUGUGCAGAGAGUCAAAGAAAAGGAGCAAGAGUUGAAAGAAAAUGAACGAGAACUUCACAGCCGAUUUGAUCGUAUGAAACGCGAAAGUGCCGAAAUUAAAAAGAAACUUGAGAUGGAGAAGAUGCAAAUAGAAGAGGAAAUCAGCGCUUUCAUUGCCAAAAAAGCUGCCGUCCUGGGCAAUAGCACGUUGAUGCACGGCGUAAUGAGCAACAAGAUGGUGGAUAAGUCAAAGAAGAAAUAUGAGCCCUUCUUCCUACCUCCCGUUGGUAAAUUUGCUGCCAAAGGCAUGCACAAGGGCAUGGCACUGGACCUGCUUAAGGGUAGCGCUGCCUUUGGAAUGGGUGGCGGCCAUGCUAUGGGCAUGGGCGGCAUGGGUGGCAUGGGUGGCAUGGGUGGCAUGGGCAUGGGAGGCAUGGGCGGAGGCGGAGGCCUAGGUGGCAUGAUGGGAGGCCUCGGUGGCCUCAUCUAA